GAAAGAGACAGGGAGGGAGGAGGGAGAGCGGGCGAUAAAAAAAGAAAGAUGACAUCCUCGCGGCAGAAGGGCCGAGGUGGAGUGAUAGGCUGCAGCCCGGCGAGCGGUGCUCUCGCCGGGGUCACGGCUUGAAACCAACAUCGAGGCUUCGACAAACACCCGAGUGGCCUAAUGGGAGAAAAUGGAAAAAAAUAGACUCAUACAUUAAAACCAAAGCAUGAACUGCUGUGCUAACAAAUGCGUGUGUUUUAAACCCAUAUUUGCUCUUAAAUGGCGUUAAAUGGCGUUGAAAAUCGCAUUAUUUCAAGAUAAAGUGGUUGUUGUUUAAUGCUAAAGUGUAACACUGUGCCGUGCGCUGUUGGUGUUUUUGGGUCAGUUUAGCAGUGUGCCGGUGCGUUUGAUGAACACUACUGUAUAAUGAGUCAAAGUUAGAGAGGGAAGACGCGGUUGUUGGAGCUAGCCCGUGUGCUGCGUGCUUACAUGGACACGGCAUUCGGCUACAUCAAUGAGAACAACAGCACAAGUUGGAACACAGCACAGACGAAGCCCGUUACGCUUUUAUUCGAGAACCCGAAAGCUGCAGGACCGGAGACAGCGAGUGUUCGCGCCUCGGCCGUCGUUGGGCCCCGUCCACACCAUGCAAAGGCGGCUGUCCGCGACCUCAAUCACCAACUGACUGUGUAAUCUCCACCGCUGUAGCUCAAAAUGGAUGCUGCUUGGAGCAAUUUCCUCUUCCAGCAUACUCCCACCCAAAAUCAAGUGGAGGGGAGCCUCCAAUCAGAGCUCAUGUCAGUGCAUACGAGUUCUCCCCAAACUCCACCCACAGAGCACAUAGCUCAGCCUCCCUCAACAGUGGACACUGCUGCUCUCAAUGAGGAGCCCCUGCCCGUGAAGCCAGUGUCUCGGCCGGCCCGUGUGCCCCACAUCUGUGCCAUCUGCAACAAGCAGUUCAAGAACAACUACAACCUGCGGCGGCACCAGUCGGUCCACACCGGGGUACGCAUGAAGGACAGGGCCAGAGAGCAGGUGGAGGGGGCGAAGGAGGGAGCAGCGGGCCAGGUGGCGGUGGCGGUGGCGGUGUCGGCCCCGUCGGCGAUGGUGGUGGGGGCUGGAGGGAGGAUGGAGAGGCCCACUGUUCCCCUCUCACUGCUCCACCUCUCCACGCCUCCCACUCUCGCCCCUCCCGGCGUGUUGGUGGGUGCACAGCAGCCUCCCCUGGGUAGUCAGGAUGGUGAUGGGGUUGCCAUGCCAAACGUAAUGGCUAGUGUUAACCCCCAUGCUCCGCCUCCUGCUGCUGUCGUCAUGGCCACAGGGGCGACAGUACAGCGUCCCACAAAUCCGAACCCCAACCCAGUGAAGAAGAACCACGCCUGUGAGACAUGUGGGAAGGCCUUCCGCGACGUCUACCACCUCAACCGCCACCGCCUGUCACACUCGGACGAGAAGCCGUUCUCCUGUCCCAUUUGCCAGCAGCGCUUCAAGAGGAAGGACCGCAUGAGCCACCAUGUGCGCUCUCACCAAGGUGGUGUGGAAAAACCCUACGUCUGCCCCCACUGUGGCAAGGCUUUCUCCAGGCCUGACCAUCUGAACAGUCACGUGAGACAGGUGCACUCCUCAGAGCGACCUUUCAAAUGCCCAACCUGUGAGUCCAGCUUUGCCACGAAGGAUCGUCUGCGUGCGCACAUGAUUCGCCACGAGGAGAAGGUCCCCUGCCACAUCUGUGGAAAACUGCUGUCUGCUGCUUACAUCACAGAUCACAUGAGGGUUCACAACCAGUCGCAGCACCACGCCUGCCACCUCUGUAACCGUAGCUUCACCACGCUGACGUACCUCCGUGUCCAUGCCCAGAAGCACCACGGCCAGGAGUGGAAGGACAGUCCCGGGGGCUUCGGAGGCUCGGGCUCUGGCGGCGUGCUCGUCUGUCACUUGUGUGGCGUCCACUGCAAGACGCCCACGCAGCUCCAGGGGCACAUGGGCACCCAUGGCAACAGCCAAGGUGCCCCGAGCCCCGUCACUUCUAAUGUGGCUGCCAGCAGCUCCGUCUCCCUUAGCAACAUGGUGACAGCACCCACUGUGUAUGUCACUGGCAACACGGUGGUGGACCUGCUGGUCACAGACUGCUCUAGCAUCGCAGCGCCACAGUCCCAGAGUUAGCAAUAGAGAGCUCAGCAAUAAUAACCUCAGUCCCUUUGCAGAGGGCAAGGUUAGAGAAGGUUGGAGUAACUCGUAGAUGCUGAUCAGGUUUACCGCGUAGUAGAUGAGGAUAUUAUUGAGGGUGGGGGGAAAAAAAGGUGAUAUAUAUACAUACAUAUACACAUUUGGUUGUAUGAGGUACUGGCACAAAGUCAGUUGUGUGAGCGCCUCCUGUGUCAGGAACAACCUGAGACAUGUAGGUUUGCUUAUGAAAACAUCUGUCAGAGGAGAAGCAAGCAAAAGACCCUCCAUGUAAAAGCUAUUUUCACGUAGGUCUAUGACGAUGUGUUCUUUGAUUUAUCUUAUUUUAUUUUUACUGGAAACUGAAGUUUAUAAACCACCCCUUCUCCCACACCAGUGUCCAUAGAGAGAAAUCAGUGUUUUCAGCUUGUGACACAAUCUACCACUGCCUCAUUUAUGAUGUUUGUGUCACUAAGUUUAAUCUGAAGCAUGAUUUCAGGAGGCAGCAAUGGAUCAACAACUCCAGCGUGUGAUGUGCUGAAAUAUUGCUGCUUUUCUCAGUGGACUUUUUCCGCGGUGGUGCGAGCGAUUUACAAACUUCCGUUUCCAGUGGGAAGCAGGUAACAUGUUCUGAGGGAAUGAUUGACUGACCGAUCAUUUAUCAGGCAAGGCUUCAGAAGGCUGAUUGACUCUGUGUCAGUACCUUAUACAAACACACUUGAAAAUCCGGAACUAUCCCUUUAACAGCCGUCAGCUUAGAGCUGGAGAACAAGAGAAAGAGGAAAAG